AUGCCUACUGUAAAUUUUAAGGAUAUUAAGAUCACCACUAUCCUCGAAACGAAGGCCGACUGGCUUCCUUGGAAAACUCAGAUCAUUCUAUCCGUGAAUUGUGAAGAAAUUCCAACAAUAUUAACCGAUCCGACUCCGUCUAGAGGCCACCGAUGGACACCCAAGGAAAUAUCUGAGGCUUAUCGGAUUAUCAACCGCACCUUAUUUCCAAUACUGCAGACGGAUAUCAGCCAAUUCAUUGAUAUGCCGUGGGUAGCUGUCGCCGCACUGCAACGCAAGUUUGAAGCCCUGACCGAAGAUGAUGAUUAG